AUGACUUCUUUGGGUCGGCCACCUCUGCACCUCCCCCGGCACCCCGACCUCCUCAAAGAAGGGUCCCACUAUACAUCCGCACACAGGGAAGAGUUGGGAUUCAGGAUCAAGGUCUACCCGAGGCUGAACGAUGCUAUGAAGAAGGGAGGUCCAGGAGCCCGCAUGAUCCGCGAUGCCAUCGAUUACUACGGGAUCAAG